CUUGGCACGGCAGAUUCGGCUGUAAGAUUUCGACGCAAACACACGUGCCCGGCUAGCUAUCCGAUUCCUUUGUUCUCGAUACUCAAGCUUGCAGUGACGUAUUCGACGACGAUAUCCAGAUCGAUUUCAAAAUCGGUUUUCAGUCAAUAUGUGGACAGGCUUGAUUGGUAAUCAAGUUAUUGGUCCGGUACAACUUCCAAACCCACUAAACGCUGAAAAUUACCUUGACUUCCUGCAGGAUAUACUUCCAGGAUUGCUUGAUGGUGUGCCAGAAGAACUGCAAGAAAAUCUUAUUUUCAUGCAUGACGGUGCACCAGCACAUACUGCUGUGAAUGUUAGGAAUUAUCUUGAUCAGGUAUAUGGCGGCCAUUGGAUAGGCAAUAAUGGUCCAGUACGCUGGCCAGCAAGAUCUCCUGAUUUGAACCCAUUGGACUACUUUUACUGGGGGACAUCCAAAGAAGCAGUUUAUCACAAUGGCGGCCUCAAUGACCCAAAUGACAUGAUACAAAGAAUCCAACAUCACGCCCAGCAUCUAGAACCCGAAAAAAUACAUGCAGCUAUACAUCAGAUAAGACGUAGAGCUAUUUUGUGUAUUCAGCAACAGGGCGGCAUUUCGAACAAUGCUUGGAUGGUGAUGAUGGUGAUGAAUAUUACUCAACUUAAUAUUAUUGCACGUAGUGAAUUUAAGCUCACCAAAAAAGUUAGUGAAUUGACGAAAGGCUGCAAAGAUAUGAUCACCAAACUAAAGCCAGUUCAACACGAUUUGGUGACAAAUUAA